AAGAAGUCAGGAAUAAGGAAGAGCCAGAAAACCAAAACAAACUUCCAAACUGUACGAUUCUGGACAUAUUCUGUAUUCUUCCGGGUGAAGUUGUGUGUAACCAUGCCUGCAGACCGCAUUGGUUUGUGCUACGCUGCUUUAGUGACUGCAGGUGGAAUCAUUGGUUUUGCAAAAGCAGGAAGUACCACAUCCUUAGCUGCAGGACUCCUCUUUGGUUUGUUGGCUGCUUUGGGCGCGUACCUAAACAAUAUGUGGAUAUCAUUAGGCACCUCUGGGACAUUAGCGGUGGUCAUGGGGAUACGGUUUCUGAACUCCUUUAAGCUUAUGCCUGCUGGUUUAAUGAUGAUUUUAAGUGCAUUGAUGGUGCUGAAGAUUAUUACGUCAGCCUCCAAACGGACACAUCAAUCUUGAUAGAAUCUUGAUUGUUACCAAAUAUGCUCCUAAAUUAGUUAGUACAAGAAAAAAAUACUAGCAAUUCAAUAAUUACUCUCUUACUCUUAUAAGUAAGAAGAAAUAAGCAAAUGUAUUUAUGACUUUGAUUUAAAAAAAAAAAGCAAAUCCUGGUGUUUCUAAACUAUAUUAAAACAAAUACAAAAGGGGAUCAGUAUAUUUAGAGAAAAGGGGAAAAUUACUUUAACCAAUUUUACUUUAAAAUGGUAUUAGUCAAAUGGGCGUAAAACUAGUAUUUUUAAAGUGAGACUGAACACCUAAACUCCAUCUACAACCACAUUUCAAAUAGAGCUUCUAAACUGGGCAGUGCCUGGAGGACUAGAGAAGAGACUGAGAGCGAGGAGGAGGGGCGGGUCUGGACAUAUAAGGAACAGUGUGAUUGGUCUAACAGAUAUCCACACUUCAAACUCUGCUCCUGCAGCCAGAUGUUUGUAAUCAGGAACAUCUUGCUUUAAGGGUAGCCUUCUGUGAUGUUACCAACUACUUGAAGUUGGAAGUGGCCACUGAAGUCAGUACACACCAUUUUUCAUACAUUCAUAGACAUUUUUGACAAAAAAUCAGCAAAUUUACCUAGUUUGCAUUAAAAAUGCUAAAAAAAAAGAAAGGGAACAGUAGACCAUACAAUUGUAUAAGAUCAUAUACACAGUGUAGUAGCCAAAAAGUUGAUUUAGUGUUUGGUUCCACUUUAAACUAUUAAUGCCAUUUGAGAAUCAGACAUGUCCUUUAUCCUUUUCCAAGGGGAAAUUAUUUGUGUUACCAUUCUGUUUUUUUGUUUUUUUUAAGUAAUCACCUCUGCUUCUUAUACGACACAUUCCUCUCUUAAUCACUGCCAAUGAAGAACUAUAUCUGUUGUUUCAUAGUAAAAUCUUCAAAAUUACACUGCUU